GAGGGAGGAGGAGACUCGGCGGCCCUCCCUCGGCCCUCCCGGCGGAGGCCGCCGCCAGCCCCGUGCCCGCUCCGCCCAGCCUCGGCGGGUCGGACGUCCGGAGCCCACGAGUCCCCGGCAGAGGUCCAAAGAAGAAGCAUUCCCCCACCCAGUGGGCAGGAGAGCGGUGGGGAGCAGUGGGCAUCAUGCACAGUCGCGUCGCAUCCGCCGAGCAUCCCCCUUGCUGCCCCUGAGUCCGGCCGGAGUUGGGACGCAGGGCCCGCCCGUGCCGUCGCACCAUGAGCCACGGGCCCAGCCCCCGGCUGGCCGAGUCCCCGCAGCUGUCCAAGGGCAGCCUCCUGACCAUCCUGGGCAGCCCGUCGCCCGAGCGCAUGGGGCCGGCGGACUCGCUGCCGCCCACGCCACCCAGCGCCCGAGGCAACGCCGACAGGACGCCGGACGCGCCGGAGCGGGAGCGGGAGCAGGAGCCGGUGCGCGACGUCGGGUCGGAAGUGCCCCUGAGCAGCCAGGAGCUGGAGCUGGCGGAGAGCCUGAUGAAGAACAGACCAGAGGAGCCUGAGGGCUGCUGGGAGGUGCGAGGCGCAGCGGCUGGGAGCCCCCGCGGCAGCUCAGGCCGCCAGGAGCGCAGCCGGCUGCCCUGGGAGGACACGGCCACCAUCGAAGAGGAUGCAUCCAAGCUGACCGCCCUGCGGCUGCGGCUAGAUGAAUCCCAGAAGGUGCUGCUCAAGGAGCGAGAGGAUAAACUGGCACUGAGCAGGAACAUUGAGAAACUGGAGGGGGAGCUCAGCCAGUGGAAGAUCAAGUAUGAGGAGCUGAACAAGACCAAACAGGAAAUGCUCAAGCAGCUCAGCAUCCUGAAGGAGGCUCACCAGGACGAGCUGGGUCGCAUGUCCGAAGACCUGGAGGACGAGCUAGGGGCACGCUCCAGCAUGGACAGGAAGAUGGCCGAACUGAGGGGGGAGAUGGAACGGCUGCAGGCGGAGAACGCGGCCGAGUGGGGUCGCCGUGAGCGCCUGGAGACCGAGAAGCUGGGCCUGGAGCGGGAGAACAAGAAGCUGAGGGCACAGGUCGGGGACCUGGAGGAGGCGCUGGCCCGGCGGAGGAGGCAGACAGCCAGCGCACUGGACUGUGACCUGCGGGCCAGCCAGGCUGCACUUUUCGAGAAGAACAAGGAGCUGGCAGACCUGAAGCACGUGCACAGCAAGCUGAAGAAGCAGUUCCAGGAGAAGGUGGCAGAGCUGGCACACGCCAACCGGCGGGUGGAGCAGCACGAGGCAGAGGUGAGGAAGCUGCGGCUGCGGGUGGAGGAGCUCAAGAAGGAGCUGGCCCAGGCCGAGGACGAGCUGGACGAGGCCCACAAUCAGGCACGUAAGCUGCAGCGGUCGCUGGACGAGCAGACGGAGCAGAGCGAGAACCUGCAAGUGCAGCUGGAACAUCUGCAGUCCAGGCUCCGAAGGCAGCAGCAGAACGCCCCCCUCUUCGGGAAGAUGCGGAGCGCUCGAUUCGGCACCGAGGAAGCCGGGGACGGAGCCAGCGACCUGGAUGAGGAUGAGGACCUGCAGAUCCAGGUGGCCUAGAGCUCCCAGGACCCCACGGGACUGGCCCGUGGCCGCAGGCCCCUGGGUGCCGAGGCUGACCGGCCACUCGGACUGAAGCAGCCGCCCACUCUCCCCACCACGGCGGACUUCCUCCUCUCCCAGGGUGGGGGUCGAACAUUCCACCAGCAACACCCCAUGGAAGGGAAGCCACGGCCUGUGUUUUGUAUGUGUAUAUUCUAUGUAUAUGCGCGGGUUCCUCGGACCCAUCUGAUCUUAUAACAGGACCGCUCCAGGGCCCAGUCUCAGCGCCCCCAUCCACCCAGGACCUUCACGCAGGGGUGAGGGGGAUGGCAAGGGAGGCUCUUGGAGCCUCGACCGGGCUGCCUCUCUGAAGCUUGGGGAUCAGGUGGAGCUGUUUAUAGCACAACGUGAUAAACUCAGUCUUUCAUAAUAAACGGAGUUUGGGUUCUCAGGGCAGGUCCUGAGAGUUUGGCAGCUGUGGGCACCUGGUGUAGGGACAGCACCAGUCUGCACCUGGCACCUAGCCGGGGCUCGGGAAUGUCAACUGACUUAAUGAAUGAACGAAUGCGGAAGAACAAA